CGUGAUGAAGCUAACGCCACUAUCACGGCUAGCUUCAUCAGAGAUUAACCACAGUAACAACAGAGGAGACGGGGACCGGUGAGGACUAAAGACAAGCCGGCGAUUACCGUUAAUUUAGAGACACUUCGUCGACAAAUAUCUACGUUUCUUGGCAACUGCUAUUCAGCUAGCUAACUUUUGCGAGUGGUGGACAAAAUGGGGCGCAUCUUCUUGGAUCACAUUGGUGGGACUCGCCUCUUCUCUUGUGCAAACUGUGACACCAUUCUGACCAACCGAGCUGAACUGAUCUCCACGCGCUUCACUGGGGCCACCGGACGAGCUUUGCUGUUCAACAAGGUUGUGAAUCUGCAGCACAGCGAGGUGCAAGACAGAGUCAUGCUGACAGGAAGACACAUGGUGAGGGACGUCACCUGCAAGAACUGCAACAGCAAGCUGGGCUGGACGUAUGAGUUCGCCAACGAGGAAAGCCAGCGCUAUAAGGAGGGCCGUGUCAUUCUGGAGAGGGCGCUGGUGAGGGAGAGCGAAGGCCUCGAGCAUGUUCCCUCUGACAACUCCUGAGUUCACUUUUGUUGCAGUUAAAUUGCUCAAUCCGUGUACGCUGCAUCUUUUCCCUCCAGCAGCAGGGCAUGGAUUUGAUGGACACUGUGCCAUUUGUGAGUAGAGCUACACCAAAACAAUAUCCCAGGCUGGGGUCUUUGUGGGAAGUAAACAACAAGUUGUGGAUAUUGUCCCAUAACUUUUAACAUCUAAGAAUAUCUUCUAUGAUGGGUAAUACCAUUGCUUCUCUACCGUUUAAAAUCGCCUGCCGUUUCAAUGUGUUCCCAACAUGCUGUGAUGUGUGUUGUGGUAUUUUGUCUGCAGUCAGAGGGAGAAGAUUCACUCCUCCUGCCCUGAAGGUCAGAGAGAUUGUGAUGUAGAACAUGAACUAUGUUCUUAACAGAAAAUGUUGUCACUUAGCAGAAUGCUGCAAUAUAUUUCUUGUGUUUAAUGUGACACUGUCAGAAAUCCUUUAUUUUAAUUAGCUGUAUCUCUAAAAACGUCCAUAAUUGUGAUCAUAUUGUUGUUAUACAUUUAUGACCUGUAGAGUUCAUAUAUCCCCACUUUAUUUUAUGUUAUAUAAAAGAUGAUAGAGUCAAACCAGUUUUUUACAGUGAUGGAAAAUUGCAUUUCAAUACACUCUCGCUGCAAACCUGAUUUCUUGCAUAUAUAAAAUAUCUGGUAGCAAUUGGCAUAUUACUUGAACCAAAACCAAGUUUUUCAUUGUCAAAAAUAAAUACAUUCAAAAAUA